CCGUUACGUAGGCAUGUUGCUUAGCUCCAGCGCACUGGCGUAUUUUGCCCUCAUUGUCAUCGGCUGCUGGAACUGAUCUCGGAAAGGAGCACGAAGAUAUAAACAGCAUAUUGCAAAUAAGGAAAGGUACUAAAAACGUAACGAGUUACAAUUGUAUCGCAAGUGAGUCCGAGAGACGACGGGACUUUUGCGGUGGGGAGGGGUUACUCUUUCGAGAGGGGAAAUUACCAGGGUCAAGCAUGCUGACUGCUCUCAAAGGCGCAAGGCUCUCCUUAAGAUACUUCAGGGGUGCCUGUGAUAAAGUGUCGGAUCAUUUAAAGUUGUUGGGUCCUGCUGAUUUAAGGCUGCUGAUUAGGAAUGAAGAUUCCAGAAUAACAAACACAUCUGGAUUAGCCAAUGGAUAUCAGCAAGCAAAUGUUGUCAUCGUUCCCAAACAUCUGGCCAAAGAUUUUGAAGUGUUUUGUCGCAGUAAUCCGGCACCUUUGCCACUCCUGUACUGCAGCCAACCAGGAGAGACCUCAUGCCCACCUCUGGCAAAAGACGCUGACAUCAGGACAGACAUCUCACAGUACCGAGUGUAUCAGGAUGGUGUUCUGGAAAAAAGUGUCUCCAGCCUGCUGAACUACAGCAAGUCACUCAGGGCGGUCUCGCAGAAGCCGUCUGCGCCGUGUGUGGAGUGGUCAGACAUGGUUUGUUUCUAUCUGGGCUGCAGCUUUGGCUUUGAGGGCAGCCUGAAGAAAGCUGGAGUUGUUGUCAGGAAUGUGGAGCAAGGCCGCAAUGUCAGCAUGUACAAGACUGCUGUUCCCUGUAUUCGAGCUGGUGUUUUCAGUUGCCCUCUCGUGGUGUCCAUGCGUCCAAUUCCACCUGCCAUGCUGGAGGCAGCAGUCCAGGUCACGAGCCUUGACCCCCAAGCACAUGGAGCCCCCGUGCACAUUGGCGAUGGAGCUUUCCUAGGCAUACAGGACCUGUCCCGACCAGAUUAUGGGGAUCAGGUUGAGCUGCAGCCCGGGGAUGUUCCAGUCUUCUGGGCCUGUGGAGUGACUGCCAUAGAGGCAAUCGUCAGCAGCAAGCCAUCAUUGGCGUUCAGUCACUCACCGGGCUGCAUGUUCUUGACUGAUGUUCAAGACCCCUCCCUCCUAUCCCACGGCCCUGACAGCAAGAAAUCGGAAGCCACAGCCCUCUGCUUCCAGAUAUCUGAAAACCCCUUGUUCUACAGUCUGGCGUCGCAAGGGGCUGUGACACAGAUCAGGCAACUGGAUGCAAUCAUCGGCGAAGACCCAGGUCAACGGGGCAUCAAAGCUUUGUUUAUUCAAGACGAACUUCUGCGCUCUUGUCUGGCACUCUCACACUCAUCCUCUGUUGCCAUAACGACAGGCUUCCCAACACACUACAUGCACAGUCCUCCUGAUGAGACUGAUGGCCCACCUGGAGCUAUUGCCAUGGCAACCAUGCUGCUUUCCCUCGGCAAGCAAGUUACAAUGGUGACGGACAGGAGAGCCUUGGAGAUGAAUCAGGCCAUCAUUGAUGAAGCUGUGAGGACAGGUAGGAGUUUUGUGCUCAGUUUAUUUCAAUUUUUUAACAUCUGAAUGUGCAUACGGUU